UCAUGAACAAAAAUGCUCAUCAUUCUAGACAAUAAAAUAGCAAAGAUGUAAUAAUGAUAAAUGAGGAAGAAGAUGAACCAAAAAUGUAGAUAUACAUAUCAUUAAUUUAAGUUCUAAGAAAAUAAAAAAUGAUAAUGAAGAUGAUUGUGUAAUAAAUGUAGAUGUUAUUCCAUGGAUGAGUAAGAAGACUAUGAUGAUCAGACACCCAGUUUUGAGGUUGCACAAUGAAAUCAUUGAAUUUUUUGAAUACAUCUCACCAUCUGAUUAAGAACAUAAAAGAAGAGUCACUGCCUAUUUAAGAGUAGAGAAAUACUUGUAAGAUGUAGCCCCAGAGUCUUAGAUUGAAUCAUUUGGUAGUUUCAAAACAAGGAUGUAUCUGCCUAAUGCAGAUAUAGAUAUGGUGAUGAUAGAUUCUUCUUGCACACAAAAAUAAUUAUUUAAGAAAGUUGCUGCUAAAAUGAUGAAACAAACUAAUAAAUUUGAAAAUGUCAAUUUAAUAGCAAAUGCUAAAGUACCAAUCAUUAAGUUUAUUGAAGUGGAAUCUUAAUAUCAUUUCGACUUAUCAUUCAAUUAAUUAGAUGGAUUGAAGCAAAUUGAAGAAUUAGAAAAGGCUUUUGAAAUUUAUCCUGAAUUGAAAUUUCUCUUAAUGACCUUAAAGUGUGUAUUAAGAUAAAGAGAUUUAAAUGAAACAUACAGUGGAGGAGUGGGUUCCUUUUUAUUAUUCCAAAUGAUCCUGGCUUUUUUAAGAGAAUAUCGUAAAGAUUUCUUCUAACACAACAAAUAAGAUCAAAUCAAGAAUGUUACUUUGGGAGAAUACAUGAUUAAGUUUCUUGAAUUCUAUGGAAUCAAGUUUGAUGUAUCAAGGAAGAAGAUUGUUAUGGGUCAAGGAGGAAAAAUUGAAAACAAGUCUACUUAAGAUGACAGAUUCUCUUUAAUCAGUCCAUAAGAUCCUGAUCAUGAUGUUGGUCAUAGUAGUUACAAGAUCAAGGAAAUAUUUAAAAUCUUCUAAAACAGACACAAUUUCUUAACCAAUUAUAAUUUUAAAUCUGGAGAGUCUGUACUGAGAUACUUAAUUAAUCCAACAGAUCAGAAAUUUUCAUUUCUUAAACCGGCUUAGGUCUGA